AUGGCCACUCUGGCUCCCCUGUCCACUCCGGCUCGCCAGCCUUUUGGCAUCCUGAAUGACUCGAAGCUUCGAAGCUUGCAGAACUUGAAGAACCGCCAGAACUCUAUCGCGCCCAGUUCCGGACCGACUUCGUUGAAGCGACGAGCUCCCUCUCCCGAUGUCGAAGGAGGUUCUGAUGGCGAGAACAUUGAUCCGAAUAUUUUGGAUUCUCUGAGCAAGCGCAAGCGAUCGGCCUUCGAGGACGACGUCUCCGCCUCCAAAUCCCACCAUUAUUCCUUGAAUGUGAUGCCCGGUGCUUUUCAAUCAAGCAAACCUCGUCUGGGUACGACUGCUGUAUCGACUCCACGACUGAACACGUAUGUGAAGCCCUCUACUGCACCUGCCUCAGCCCCUGCAGCAGGCCGUUCACCAACCCGUAUGCGAAAUUCCGGCCAUCUACAACCACGCAAACGAUUCAAUCCACCUGCGUUUGCCUCCACACAAUCACCAUCGCUGUCACUAUCCGCAGCCUUGACUGGCACGAAAAAGGCUCGUCCCUCCUCCCGCAGAGCCCGAAAUGCCACAAUUGAGACCAGCAGGCCAAAGUCAUGGUUCUUCGAUAUCUACGAAGAGUCCGAGGAGACACAAGACUACCGCAUGAACGAGUGGACAAUGACCCAGAGUACUACUGGACUUGAUAUCAGUGACGAUGAAAGCAAGAGCCUGCACAAAAACUCCUCGUCGGCAGACAAAGGCAAGGAGAACAUUGACCCCAACGAGCUACCUACGGCGCCAGUGACUAGAUCCCGGACUGCGGCGGCUGCCGUGACGGAAAAGGAAGUCAAAAUGCACGAAGAAGACCAAGCUAGAACCCCGCUUGGAGACCUCAAUCCUGCAAAAUUCUACCCUGAGGGUCUUGACGCGACCAGUGUCGUCCUUGUACAGGAUGACGAGGAAGCCGAAACUGAUGUUGAAGGUGACGACUCAACACGGCAUCAUGACUUUACGUUUCAGGCAUCAUCGUCACCAGCUUCGGAGGUCAUUGAGCACCUAGAUGAACCCAGCCUUGCCGAGAUCCUCAGCUCUGCCACACCAGACUUCAACCACAAUGUCGCUGUUGGCAAGACCAACGUGCCAGGUCUUUCUCCCACCUAUUCCGAUGCUCAGCCACGGGCUGAUGCCGAUGGCGACGUCGAGAUUGAGAUCUGGGAGAGUGCAAGCGCCAAGGACGAGAAUGAGAGAGUUGAUCUCCCCGGAAGUCCCUGCUCAACUAUUGGAGAUGAGACCGCGUUUGCCCUGCAGGAACUAUGA